CGCGCUUCCGCCCGCGCCAUGGCGGGGAAGGCGGCGGCGGCCGGCGCCGGGGUGCUCCUGGUCACCGCCAACGUCGGCUCCCUCUUUGACGACCCAGAAAAUUUACAGAAGAAUUGGCUUCGGGAAUUUUAUCAGGUUGUCCAUGCACACAAGCCCCAUUUCAUGGCUCUGCACUGCCAGGAGUUCGGAGGGAAGAACUACGAAGCGUCGAUGUCUCAUGUGGACAAGUUCGUCAAAGAACUGUUAUCGAGUGAUGCAAUGAAAGACUACAACAGAGCUCGGGUUUACCUGGACGAGAACUAUAAAUCACAGGAACAUUUCACGGCUCUAGGAAGUUUUUACUUUCUUCAUGAAUCUUUGAAAAACAUCUACCAGUUUGAUUUUAAAGCUAAGAAGUAUAAAAAGGUUACUGGGAAGGAAAUCUACUCUGACACAUUAGAAAGCACACCCAUGCUGGAAAAAGAGAAAUUUCCACAGGAUUAUUUCCCUGAGUGCAAGUGGUCCAGAAAAGGUUUCAUUCGAACAAGGUGGUGUAUUACUGACUGUGCCUUUGACUUGGUAAACAUUCAUCUUUUCCAUGAUGCUUCCAAUUUAAUUGCUUGGGAAACAAGCCCAUCGGUUUACUCAGGAAUACGGCAUAAGGCUCUUGGCUAUGUACUUGAUAGAAUUAUAGAUCAGCGGUUUGAGAAAGUUUCGUAUUUUGUCUUUGGAGAUUUCAACUUCAGACUGGAUGCCAAAGCAGUAGUAGAGACACUCUGUGCAAAGGCCACAAUGCAGACCAUCCGGGCAGCUGACACAAAUGAAGUAGUCAAGCUAAUAUUUCGUGAAUCUGAUAAUGACCGAAAGGUUAUGCUGCAAUUAGAAAAGAAGCUCUUUGACUAUUUUAAUCAAGAUGUAUUUAGAGACAACAAUGGCACUGCGCUUUUAGAAUUUGACAGAGAGCUGUCAGUCUUUAAAGACAGAUUGUAUGAACUGGACAUCUCAUUUCCUCCCAGUUAUCCCUACAGCGAGGACUCUAGCCAGGGAAGGCAGUACAUGAACACGAGAUGUCCAGCCUGGUGCGACAGAAUCCUGAUGUCCCACUCAGCCAAGGAGCUCAUUCUGAAGGAAAAAGAUGCCUACGAGGUGAGAAGAUUUUCCGUGAAACCACACUGUAGCCAGGAGGGAAGGCAGCACACUGAAAUCUGUAAUCCUAACAGCUGUAUUGAUAAAUCCAGUCCUGAGUGCCACAUUUUUAGACUGCUGAUCGUACACUAUGCUUCAGCAUCUGGACUCUGUUCAAGAGAAGCCUCACAUACCUCACUGUCUUGUAUGUUCAUGUGACAUCAAGUAGAAAUGUGGAAUUAUUUUUUAUAUAUAUGUCACAGUUCUGUUGCCAAAACUCUAAAUAGACAGCAGAGAUGUUACGUAUUCUAGAUUUCACAACCUUCAACUUUUAAUAAGUGUUUGUCGAUGUGGAAAAGUUAUUUCAGCAUAUUACAAACUUUUAAAGGUAUCAUACCCAUUAUAUAUCUUUACCACUUUGGGAUUUUGUACAUUGGAUUGUAUAGAUAGAGAUAUUGAUGGUUUUAAAUGGUAUUUUCUUUUUUGACCAAGGCUUAUGGUUUGUAUUUUAGUUUUAGCAUUUUGGUUUUCAUUUUUAAAUUUUUUUUCUCAUUUUAUUUACUAUACUGCCAUGUUACAUGGUUUUUGAAUCACACAGCAGCUGCUUUCUAUACAUACAUAUAUAUGUGUGUGUAUAUAUAUGUAUGUAUGUGUAUAUAUACACAGAUAUAUAAAUAAUUUAUAAACCUGACCAAAACUUAUGCUAAAUAUACUUUCCAAUAUGAAUGCUUGAGAGUGCCAUUAUCAGCAGUAAGUAUUGGAGUCUUAGCAGGUUUAGUUAAGUGUACAUCAACAACAAACAUUUAUGUAAUAAAUAAUAUAUAGCAGUGCCAUCCUGGAUACAGAUAUAUAGCAUACUAUAUAGCAUAUAUAUUAGCAGUUUCACUUUGUUAUUCCUAUAAUCUCUUCUUUCUAUGUAAUAUUAAGGAUUGAAUGUGAAGUUCUUAGCUAGGUUUGGGUGUAACUUUCCAGAAUUUUGUAAACUGUUUUUGUCUGUCUUUUGUUACUGUUUUAUGGUGCCAUAUUCUAUAUUGAAACAAUAACAACACGGGAGAAGAAAACAAUAAUCUGCUUCAAGUAGCAACUGUAUUGGACACAAACUGUAUUAAUACAGUAUUAAAGGAAAAAAAAAAAAACAUCAACCCAACUGUAAAUUUUCCUGGUUAGUAGCUCAGUGCAACCUACAAUAUAGUCUUGUUACAGACAUUUUCCUCCCACCACUAAAUACAACAUUAAAAGGUGAUUAGGGAGUCUGUUGAUGAAACACAAAUGUAUGUUUUAUUGAUUUAAUUUAGAACACUACGGAGUUCAUGGACUGCGCAAUGGCAUUAGAUUGAUGCUUGAUUUUGGUAUAAAUCACUACCAUUGGGAAUGAUUUGAUGUCCGCUUGCAGAGUUUUCUCAACAGUACAGCCCAGUUUAUAGCAAGUAUUGUUGCCCAGAGGGUGUCUGCAGCUCUGUAUUGUUACUGUGCCAUGUUGCAUUAUAACCACACAGUAAUUCUAUUUAAGCGAACUCAACUCAUGAUAACUCUGAAGGCCUUUAGGAAUGAGUACUCUGGUUCUCAAGCAAUAAAACUAAUCAUGGUGAA